AUGAAUGAUCUGAUAUCCACAAAGGUUCCUUCAUGUCUUGCCAGACCUCCAUGCCUCUCUGAAGACUCGAUGAUAUCAUUGAAAUCUCCCGUGAGGGGCUUAGCACAGGAAGAGCUUGGUUCACCUCUGUUGGCUAUUGGUCCUGUAGUUGGUGUUCUUCGUUUAGAGGAGGUCUACCUCUUUUCUUUUUUGAGCCUGACUCUCGUCCUUGUGAUUCUUCAGGGGGUGGGAGGGGAGCAGCUUGGAUUUCCUCCCCAGAGCGACUGGUUGGAGCUUCACCAGCAGCAAGCACUCUCCGUUGGAUCUGCACAAUUUAUAUAUUGCACUGUAACUUCUCUGAGUUCUCCAAGGACUUCAUCCGUUGUGGGGAUAGGGGGAGGAGGGGGUUGGGUUACUUCCGCGGAUGAGAGGGUCCUCUCUAGGGGAGGCCACCUUGAUUUGGAUGUUUCUGAGUUCUCAGGUCUCGCAGAAUUUUCUCUCCAAGCUCGAGUUGACCUUUGGUGGUCAUCAUCACGACUACGAUGGAGUCUUUCAGAUGUUUCUCGGGUGUAUCUCUCCAAGAGCUUCACUGAUAAGGUGGAGCAUGGCUGGUUGCCAGUAGUGUUUUGGGAGUCCUUGGACCUCGACCCAGAAGGGAAUUUGCGAGGGAAAAGAGUCGGAAAUGGUUGGUUCCCACCGUUGUAAGAUUACCAUCCAUUGGUCAUAGUAAGCUGGAAACAUCCUUUACCCAGAUCUGACCCUGUUACUUUUCCUUUUAGGUCCCAGCGGUUUGAGAAGAAAGGGAACAUGGUCCAGAGGCGCUGGUUUGCCGGGUUGGUAAGCAUUCCCAUCCGGGUAAGAGCAUUAGCUUCGAUGAGGUGGCUUGUGUCCAAUUCUGGAGCUUUGAGGCGUUUUGGGGAAGGGGGGAGAAGACUCCAUCCACCCCUUUCCCUUUCAGGUGGUAAGGGAAUUUUGUAUUCAUGGUGGUUAAGCUUUCUCAGAUGAGUUAGGUGGGGUUCGGUUAGGGUUACUUACCAGACGGUAAGAUUUUUCGACCAGUGGUGCAAGGUGUAAAUAAGAUAAAGGUGAGAGGAGGAACAGAGAGGUGAAAGAUGGAUUCCCGUACCAGAGUUGCAGAGAUGAGGAAGGGAAGCCAAUGCGGAGCUCUUCAUUGGACGGUGAAGAUUUGGUGGUUUGGGGCGGAGGGGUUGCCGGAAGGACGUGAAAGACCGACGGUAGGUUUCAUCAUUCGGCUACGGACCGCAUGAUAUUACUGUUUUUAGUAAGAAGUAAUAGGUAAGAUCCGCUUAUUUGAAAAAUCUUCCUAGGGACUCGUGUCUGGGAGCUUUUUUUUUUUAUUCAUUUAGAUUUCUCAUUUGAAAAAAUU